GCCGGGCCUAGUCGAGCCGGGCCGAGCCGGCAGCCUCGCGUCGGUCCUAUCCCCACCUUGCGGCUGAGGCCAGUGGGGAGGCAGAGGCAUAUAAAAACAGCAAGCAUUCCGAGCCAAUAUACUGGGGGAUUUAAGCCUGAUUUGGGUUUUUUAAGGCAUAUUACCCUUCUUAGGCUUCUGUGCCACCCCAAAAGCUUAUGACAGUCUUGUGGCCGUGAACAAGAGUUUGAAUUUCUUCACUCAAAAUGAAUUCUCGAUAAUGGGAAAAGUCUCAAUCUAUUAACGGAGAACUUGGCCCUGUGUGUUGCACUUCCCUCUGAAUGAGAUUCUCCAUCCUGAGUGUGAAAUUCUACUGAGUCUGGGCAAACUGAAUGUGACUUGUUUGCAGAGGGUGAAGGUUUAGUGUCAAAGAAUGUUAGCAACAGCUUCGCUACUACGUGAGAACAAAAAGCAAGAGGCUUUUAGUGCUCCAUGCCAAAUUUGCUGAGCAGUUUCAUCUGCUGUAUCGUUAUUUUGUUGUAAAAGUGGGAAGACAAAAGCAGGAUUUGAUGUUUUGUGUGGCACCCAGUGGAAUAGGAUCCAUCAUGAAUGUGACCAAGGGCGGGCUGGUGCUGUUCUCGGCCAAUUCUAAUCCAUCAUGCAUGGAGCUAUCAAGAAGAAUUGCUGAGCGCCUUGGAGUUGAGAUGGGUAAAGUUCAGGUGUACCAGGAGCCUAACAGAGAAACAAGGGUGCAGAUUCAAGAAUCAGUGAGAGGGAAAGAUGUCUUCAUCAUCCAGACGGUUUCAAAGGAUGUGAAUACGACCAUCAUGGAACUGUUGAUCAUGGUCUACGCCUGCAAAACAUCCUGUGCCAAAAGCAUCAUUGGCGUGGUUCCCUACUUCCCAUACAGCAAGCAGUGCAAGAUGAGGAAAAGGGGCUCCAUUGUCUCAAAGCUGCUGGCUUCGAUGAUGUGCAAAGCUGGUCUCACUCACUUGAUCACCAUGGAUCUGCAUCAAAAAGAAAUCCAAGGCUUCUUCAAUGUUCCAGUUGACAACUUGAGGGCUUCGCCAUUUUUACUGCAGUACAUCCAAGAGGAGAUUCCAGACUACAGGAAUGCUGUGAUCGUGGCCAAAUCUCCUGCCUCUGCAAAGAGGGCACAGUCAUUUGCAGAACGCUUGCGCUUGGGAAUAGCUGUAAUACAUGGGGAGGCCCAAGAUGCAGAGUCAGACUUGGUGGAUGGCCGUCAUUCACCCCCAACAGCCAAAAGUGCUGCUGCCAUUCACCCCAGCUUAGAGAUACCGAUGCUGAUUCCAAAAGAGAAACCACCUAUCACAGUUGUUGGAGACGUAGGAGGAAGAAUUGCCAUCAUUGUGGAUGACAUCAUCGAUGAUGUUGACAGUUUCCUGGCUGCUGCUGAGACGCUCAAAGAACGAGGCGCCUACAAGAUUUUUGUCAUGGCCACCCACGGCCUCCUUUCCUCAGACGCCCCCCGGUUGAUAGAGGAGUCUGCCAUUGAUGAGGUUGUGGUCACCAACACAAUUCCACACGAGAUACAAAAACUCCAGUGCCCCAAAAUUAAGACUGUGGAUAUUAGCAUGAUCCUUUCGGAGGCCAUCCGCAGAAUUCACAAUGGAGAGUCCAUGUCGUACCUUUUCAGAAAUAUAGGACUGGAUGACUGACUGUGCCUUGGAGGCUUUGGAAGAGAAAAAUCAGGGGCCAAACUGGACAUGUACAGAAAUUUUGAGUAGUGAAUCUUUGUGGCUUAAUAUUUGUAUUUCAAUGGAACCCCACUCUGUUGAGUUGCUCCCCUCCUGUUGUUUAAAUUUAGUAAUGAGAUUUCAAAAGCUAUUUUUUUUUGCAAUUUUAAAUAAAAAGAGACUUUACCAAAAAAAAAAAAUCCCACCUUGAGGGAAAAAUAGUUGCUGUUAGGUUAGCUGCACUCUUUAAGGGUACAAUCCUGCAAUUCCCGUGCUGUUGAAAAGAAAAUUGUUUAUGCAAAUGCUCUUUUUAAGAGCGUUUGUGGUGCUUCUGUUCUGUAGGAGAAUGAUCCCAGGGUCAGAAAAGCAGGCUGAUUGCUCAUUGUGGGAUCCUUUUCCUUGUCAGGCAUCUAGAGAUCCCUCUUCUUGGUUUUUUCCUGAUCCCUGUAUCCCUGUUCUUGGCUUUUUCUUACUCAGAAGCCAAAACUUUACCUUGCAGAGUUAAGACUGUGAGUGCAAGCCAAAGGGUCAUUUGCAAAGGACCUGCUGCCAGCUGGCUCUUGAGCAGUUCCCAUUUACUCCUCAGAGGCUUGUGUUGAAGAACUUCGUGGAUUGGGUCAGAAGAAUACAACAUACACACACACACACACUCUCUGAAGGGGCUUGGGUCCUUGAUGUGGUGUUCCUUGUUUCCGAAACACCUUGCUUACAAGUGCUUUCAAAGGGUUGGUCAAAAAACAAACACAAGUAGCUAUGGCAUAAAACUCUCGCAUCUGUCAAGCCAAAAUAAGUUGCGCCGUUGUCUGCAGAUCAGUGACAUUUUUUGUAGAAGUGUUUUUAUAGGGAAAGUGUAUGAAAUAUGCACUGUAUUUAUUUUCUGCAACAAAAUAAAAUCUUGGGGUUUCUGUGUGAG